AUGCCUGUCAAAUGGGACGACAAGGCGAUGCUUGACCUGUUUAUGGUCGUCCUCUCCGUCACUAGACCAUCGCAGUUCUCCCCAGAGCAAAAAGCCGAGAUCGUCCAGGAGAUGAAGAUCCGCGGCUACGAUAUCGUGUGGAACGGAAUACGAUUGCAUCGUCAGGACUGGGACGCUCCCGGCCUGUACAAGGACCUUCUAGCCUCUAUGGCCAUCGCGUGCAAGCCUACGGCUGACACCCUGAAAGAGGUUUCAUAUCACCUUUACGUCAACUUGACUUCAACCCCUCUCAUCUUCAUCACGAUGGCAACCAAUCGACAGGCAUGGGAUGGAGAUGCUCAUCGCGACCUUCUCAUAGCCAUGGUCGACGUGCUUUCGCCUAGUGGCGAGCAGAUCCGCAAUAUCGUCGAGCGCACCACAACGAUGGGCUACACCUAUACGCCAAAGGCUGUUGUCCAGCAUUUGCAAAAGCUGAGACGCAGUGCAACCGAGGGCGGUGCAUCCACGGCAUCCCCAAAGACGCCGAAGCAAAAGGCGCCACGGACGCCCAAGAAGUCAACUGGAAAAACGAGCAUCAAAGCUGAUCCUAAGAGAAAAGUGGAAUUUGAAGAUGAGUCCACUGUGGACACCCCAUCCAAGAAGCCUCGCUUUUCGCAAGAGAUUGAGGAUUCCGAUGACUUCGAGGUCAAGAAAGAAAUCGUGGCGGAAGACAAUCUAAUCGAUUUUGGCGAGCCCUGA